AUGUCUGCCAGAUUCAGUGCACCAGGCGCUAGCGCUCCCGCUAAGAAACAAUCCAGAUUUGAGCAAUUCAAGCAGACUCCAGCUUUCCCAGUUUUGGUCAACUUGAGUUUGUUCGUUGCUGGCGUGGCCUUUAUCCAGUCACCAUUGAUGGACAUGAUGGCUCCACAACUUUAA